AUGUCUUACUCCACGAUCAUAAGCAACAACAGGUUACUCUCUCUCGCCUCAAAGUUCACUGCUUGUGGAUCUCUUCUUCAGUGCCCAACUGAAUAUGGUAGAUACCAUCUUUACAUAUCGUAUACUUGUCCAUGGGCUUCUAGAUGCCUCUCAUACUUGAAGAUCAAAGGACUUGACGAUGCUAUAAGCUUCUCGGUUUAUGCGGUUCACCUCAAGUGCAACCAGAAACUCUUAAGAGAAUAUCCGAAUCUGUUCAACUACACGAAAGACAUUUUCCAAGUACCCGGUAUGAGCAGCACCGUGAACAUGAAUCAUAUCAAGCAGCAUUACUAUGGAAGCCACCCUUCGAUUAACCCUUUUGGGAUCAUCCCUCAUGGACCAAACAUCGAUUACUCUUUGCCUCAUGAUCUACGCAGAUUCUCCAAAUGA